UUGUCGCACAUAUUGUGGCAUAAUAUUUAAUGUGAUAUCACUAAAAUGCAAAAUUUCUGUUGAAUUGUCUUUCUAAUUACUCAAAAUUCUAGUUGUGCAAACAAAGCAAGAUACGAUCGAGAAUAUGAGCAAUAGAAGAUGAAGAAAUACCCAUCAAGGUUAUAAUUAUAUUUCCAUGAUUAAAACAUUCUAAUAUUACUUGAAGUUAAGUUUUCUUUAAAAAAAUAUGACAAUAUCGUACGGGGUGUUGCCUACUUCUACUACCGCAGUUGUUUGUUCUGUUUCCUUCAUCCCCCUUCCCCUUCAAACCCGGCCGGCGACGACCACAGUUGUUUCGGCUCGUGUUAAAGGAAUUCGGCGCGGAAACAAGUUUAAUUAAAUUAAUAUUAACAAUGCAGCGCCAUAAACCACAGACAAUGAUACGCAACAUGUUCAAUCACGAACAUGUGAUAACAAAAACGGCUGAUGAGCAGCUUCAAGUGGAACGAAAUGUUAAAGAAGUCUAUGAUAAUUACCGCCGGCUUACAAAAGUUAUCGAAAAUUUUCCGCUUCUUAAACGAGAAGACCAUAUAAGAUAUUUAAUGAAUAGUAUUGUGUAUUUACCUAGGACCUAUGAAUGUUUAGAUUCUGCUAGAACAUGGUUAUGUUACUGGUCACUGCACAGUUUAUCUCUUCUAGACCAUCUAAACAAAAUGGAUGCUAAAGUUUUAAGUAGUAUGAUUAAAUUCUUAGGAAAGUGCCAGUCCCCAACAGGUGGUUUUGGAGGUGGUCCUGGCCAACUUCCUCACUUGGCAGCCACAUUUGCAUCAGUCAAUGCCCUAUGCAUUAUUGGAACAGAGGAGGCCUAUAAAUGUAUCAAUAGACAAACCUUGCGCACGUUUUUAUGGUCAUUACGAUCGCCAGAAGGCGCAUUUAGUAUGCACAUUGAUGGAGAAAUUGAUAUUAGGGGUGCAUAUUGUGCCUUGACAGUAGCGACACUCACAGAUAUUGCCAGUGUGGGUUUAUUUGCUGGAACCGCGGAAUGGGUGAAAAGUUGCCAAACAUAUGAGGGUGGAUUUUCUGGAUAUCCAGGGAUGGAAGCACAUGGUGGAUAUACAUUUUGUGGUGUGGCCGCAUUAGUACUUUUACAGAAGCUACAUUUGUGUGAUUCCGAAAAUUUGCUGCGAUGGAUUGUGAAUAGACAAACGCGUUUUGAAGGUGGAUUCCAAGGUAGAACGAAUAAACUCGUCGAUGGUUGUUACUCUUUCUGGCAGGCGGGUGCUUUUGCUCUACUCCAUGAGUUGUUAAUGCGUGAAUCACCGCCAGAUCAGUUUCUUUUUAACAACACUGCCCUUCAGGAAUACAUUCUCAUCUGCUGCCAACAUCCGACCGGAGGUCUGAAAGAUAAACCCGGCAAGCGAAGUGAUCUCUAUCAUACUUGCUAUGUAUUAAGUGGACUCUCCAUUGCACAAACCAGUCUUGGUGGAAAGUCACUUGUACUUGGUCCUGCUGAAAAUGAAAUUAAUAAAACAAAUUUUGUUUACAACAUCAACCCACACAGCGUCUUGAAGGCGAAGACGUAUUACCAGCAUCGCGACAUCGAAGAAGAAAGUAAUGCACAAGUGAUAGAAAUGUGACCCAAGUUCUACAUCAGUGUAAUCAAGAGGGCGAUCGAUUGGACGCCUAUUUUGUACAUUUUAAUUAACAAUCAUCAUGUCCUACAUAUAGUUGUCGGAUAUAUGUCUAUUCUUAUAAUGUUGAAAUGUCGCUUUUAAUUCCGGUAGCGUAACGAUUUGGUUAAAACAACUACGAUAAUAUUUUAUCAGUGAACUUUAUUAGGUUUCUUUUUUUCAUUUUAUAAAAUCAUUUUGUAGUUAUGCGUUUUGCGUCCACCAGAAUUAAUGUAAAUCGAAUGAGAUUAGAAAAUAAUUUGAUAAAUGACGAACAUAAUGUAAAUCAUAAAGCGGUAAAUACCUUGAAAUACAUUUUUUUGUUGAAA